ACCCGCAAUCGACUCAUUCAAGGCCCUCCAACGUUUCCACAAUGACCAUUGACAGUCCUGAAUUAUCGCCUCUUGAGACGCUCCCGACGGAGAUUCUACAUGCCGUUGUUGGCCAUCUUGUACCCUGGGAGUUCAAAGGUCUUUCCUGCACCAGUAAACGGCUCAGACAAGCCUGUCUGUCGAUCCUCUUUCGCCACGUGAAGUUUGAGUUCUCUCAGGCCGGGAUUAGGGGGCUCAAAGACCUCUUGAAGUCAAAUGUUUGCGGCCAUAUUACCUCCUUUUCUUACCAAAUCACAGAAUUGCUGAAGACUGGUACGUAUCUCCAGUCGUUCGGUGAGUUUACGCUGAUGCUACUCGUAAAAUUGAGUAGAAAUAUUAGAUUUUGACCUUUUUAGGUCCGAUAUCCUAACUCCAGACAGCUAUAUGGAACAUGCGAAAGAUAUGUACGACGCGGGGUAUGAAGCAGAUGAUUUCCAUUCAUACAUGGCCAUAUACAAAAGCGUCCACGGCAUUUGUAGUGAGCAGCGCAGCAUCAUCGAUGAAGGUGCUGACCUCAUUCUAUCAUCUAUCUUCUGUGCACUUCCUCUGUUGCGGGAGGUGAGAUUGUCCUUCCGUGAGGUGCUGGAAGAUGACGACUGGCUGGCCUCAGACAUGAUCAUAGAGGAAGAGUUUUACAAGCACCAUCUACAAGUCGUCUCGAGCGCCAUUCACAGUGCCAGAAACGUAGGCGUUGCCAUUCAUACCGUUAGCUUGUUGCACUUCAAGAUUCCAUACUACCAUUCAUGGGAACAACUUAAUCUAGAUCCAUUAUCCGAAUCACUAAGACAGCUGCUGGGGAACAGCAAGGUCCUACGCGUACGUGGAGUUGACGAACGUGUACUGGAACUGCUGCCUCACUGUGUACUUGAUCUGCGACAGCUUGACAUGUGUGGAGUGGUGGCUCCUGAAAAGGUCAUCCAGGAUUUUUUCGAGACUAACAAGAAAUCCAUUCGCUCUAUUGGCUUUCACGACGUUAAAAUCCUCGGGUUGAACCGCCUGGAUAGCAAUACUCCACUGUCGGCAAGCAUGCUUUACCGUAUGCUGGGUGUGCCACAGUCCACGCUAUGCCGAGCGGCUGAUUGCGGCUGUCUUCUCUGGCGAAAAGAGGGAUGGCGGCUGUUGGUUGGCGACGGCCGCUCGCAGCUUUCCACUGGAACUUCUGCUAAGAGAAAGUAUGAUGAGCUGUAACAAGCUAGACUUGGAAGCCACAGACUCUUGCCAAGCUGGCGUCCCCUUGCCCAAUUGGUUUGAACUGCUAGAUAAUAGGGGUCCUCGGUCUAUCAUCCAUAUGAGGUUAACCACAGUGGCCUGGGCAAACUAACCACCAAAACCAACCAGCUGGGUUCUGAUUUGCCACGUCAGCGCGGCCGGUUGCCAUGAACUAAAAAUUCCAGCCAGUAUAACUGGGCUCUGAUGGGUGAGAUAUAGACAGCUUUGGAUAGCUGGAAUCACCUCUUUGGCAAGGUUUCAAAGGGCGUGCAUUUGGUCUCGCACCUAGAGAGCAACUUGACAAGUCAACCACAGAGUUUUUGAGGCAUCAUGGAGCGGGUUAUACUCUCUAGUGUAGAGUUAGGAACUGUUUUUGCAUGAAAAGUAGUGCCAAGGGCGUUUGUUAUUACAGUCGCUUGCAAAACCGGCU